CACUUAAAGGGCCCGCCGGUCGGGCGCAGGAGGCGGUGCCUCUGGAGCAAGCGUGGGGCGCGGGAACCGGAGCAGCUUGGCCCUGCUCCGCGCUACAGCCCAAAGCCCAGCCUGAGACCCAGCCGCCUUCGAGUGCCCACGGCCUAGCUCUCCUUCCCUCCAGCAGACAGACGGGGAAAACCGAGGGGGCGACGGCUGAGCAAGGUCACUCCGCUGGUCGGGGGCGUAGCCGGCCUCAGACCAGCUUUCCUGCUUCCCAGGGCCUCUCUGCGACCACUUUCGGGUGCCAGUGAUAACACCUGGCUCACCGAGAUGCUGGGGGAAUUCAGGAAAAUCAUGCAAAAGUGCCUGGUACAGAGCCUGGCACGCAGAGGGCUCUUGGUCAAGUGGGUUGGAGCUGCGUGAGCCCAGAAGGGGAUAGAGGCAGCGUGGAGGAAGGCGGCAGCGGGCCCGGUCGCUGGGAAUGAAAGGCCUCAGUGUCUGGAGCUUCCUCCCCAUUCUACCCGCAGAGUUUGUUCUGGGUGGAGGACUCUUCAGUCCUCAGUUACCUUGGAGGAAGAAGUGUGGAUCCUCAGAUUCCAUCUUUUCCAACUCCAAGGUGCCAUGGCAGAGAAGGUGCUGGUAACAGGUGGGGCUGGCUACAUUGGCAGCCACACGGUGCUGGAGCUGCUGGAGGCCGGCUACUUGCCCGUGGUCAUCGACAACUUCCAUAAUGCCUUCCGUGGAGAGGGGUCCCUGCCUGAGAGCCUGCGGCGGGUCCAGGAGCUGACAGGCCGCUCUGUGGAGUUUGAGGAGAUGGACAUUUUGGACCAGGGAGCCCUACAGCGUCUCUUCAAAAAGCACAGCUUUAUGGCGGUCAUCCACUUUGCGGGGCUCAAGGCCGUGGGCGAGUCGGUGCAGAAGCCUCUGGAUUAUUACAGAGUUAACCUGACCGGGACCAUCCAGCUUCUGGAGAUCAUGAAGUCCCACGGGGUGAAGAACCUGGUGUUCAGCAGCUCAGCCACUGUGUACGGGAACCCCCAGUACCUGCCCCUGGACGAGGCCCACCCCACGGGUGGUUGUACUAACCCUUAUGGCAAGUCCAAGUUCUUCAUCGAGGAAAUGAUCCGGGACCUGUGCCAGGCAGACAAGACUUGGAACGCAGUGCUGCUGCGCUAUUUCAACCCCACAGGUGCCCAUGCCUCUGGCUGCAUCGGCGAGGAUCCCCAGGGCAUACCCAACAACCUCAUGCCUUAUGUCUCCCAGGUGGCGAUCGGGCGACGGGAGGCCCUGAAUGUCUUUGGCAAUGACUAUGACACAGAGGAUGGCACAGGUGUCCGGGAUUACAUCCAUGUCGUGGAUCUGGCCAAGGGCCACAUUGCAGCCUUAAGGAAGCUGAAAGAACAGUGUGGCUGCCGGAUCUACAACCUGGGCACGGGCACAGGCUAUUCAGUGCUGCAGAUGGUCCAAGCUAUGGAGAAGGCCUCUGGGAAGAAGAUCCCAUACAAGGUGGUGGCACGGCGGGAAGGUGAUGUGGCAGCCUGUUACGCCAACCCCAGCCUGGCCCAUGAGGAGCUGGGAUGGACAGCAGCCUUAGGGCUGGACAGGAUGUGUGAGGAUCUCUGGCGCUGGCAGAAGCAGAAUCCUUCAGGCUUUGGUGCGCAAGCCUGAGGACCCUCCCCUACCAAGGACCAGGAAAAGCAGCAGCUGCCUGCUCUCCAGCCUCUGGCAGGAACCCAGGGUCCUGGAGCUGCUGGGGCCAAGCCAAGGCCUCCCCUACCUCAAACCCCAGCUGGGCCCGCUCAGCCCACCAGCCAUGAGGCCAAGGGCCCCACUGACCAGGAGGCCGAGGUCUCUAACUCUUAUCUUCCACAGGGUCCAAGAGUUCAUCAGGCCCACCAAGAGUGAGUGAGGGGCAAGGCUCUGGAACAAAACCUCCUCCUCCCAGGCACUCAUUUAUACUGCUCUGAAAGAGUUUUCCAAAGUAUUUAAAAAUAAAAACAAGUUUCCUUACACUGGG